CCUCAGCCCUGAGGAGCCCUCACCCUCCGCGCCUAGGUGGCCGCUCGGUCUCCACAGGCUCCGCGCCAAGCGAGGUCCUCUGCUUCAGCCCUGCCCGGCCGCCGCGUCCGCCCCGCCCGAUCUCCGCCGCUGGCCGGUGGCUUCGCCGCCCGCCGCGGGACAGGUGCUCAGAGCUGUGGAGGAAGCCCUGCUCUGCCCUCCCUGCUGUGGCUGCUGCUCCUGACUGCAGAGCUCUCCUGGAACUGGGGAAGGGGAUGGGAGCAGGGUAGGCGGGCACUGACUAGCCAGCCCCUCUGCAGAUUCCGUUCUGGCGAUGAUGCUCUGAGCCCAGUGCACCUGGCAUUCACAUCUAUGGACCUGCUCUGAACCAUAGAGCCUGCCUAUGGGGGAAGCGUUUCAUCUUCUCUAAACAGGGAGAGUGGCCAUCUGUCUGGUACCCACAUCCAACGCGAUCCUCCCGACCUCACGGGGCUGCUUUGUUCUGAGGUGACGCCAUCUGGGCCCCAUCCAUCCUUCUUCACAGCACCCUCAGUACCUUAAGCCAUCACCCCCAUCCACAUUUUGGGAGAAAGAUGGAGUCCAAGGUCUCUGAAGGUGGCCUGAAUGUGACCCUAACAAUUCGCCUGCUGAUGCAUGGAAAGGAAGUUGGAAGCAUCAUUGGGAAGAAAGGGGAAACUGUGAAGAAGAUGCGUGAAGAGAGUGGUGCCAGGAUCAACAUCUCAGAGGGAAACUGCCCGGAGAGGAUUGUGACGAUCACAGGCCCAACGGACGCCAUCUUCAAGGCCUUUGCCAUGAUUGCGUACAAGUUUGAGGAGGACAUCAUCAACUCCAUGAGCAACAGCCCUGCUACCAGCAAGCCCCCAGUGACGCUGAGGCUGGUGGUCCCAGCCAGCCAGUGCGGGUCCCUAAUUGGCAAAGGCGGCUCCAAGAUCAAGGAGAUAAGGGAGUCCACAGGUGCCCAAGUCCAGGUGGCCGGGGACAUGCUGCCCAACUCCACGGAGCGGGCAGUGACCAUUUCAGGGACGCCAGAUGCCAUUAUACAGUGCGUCAAGCAGAUCUGUGUGGUCAUGCUGGAGUCCCCACCGAAAGGUGCCACCAUUCCCUACCGCCCAAAGCCCGCCUCCACCCCUGUCAUUUUUGCAGGUGGUCAGGCCUACACGAUCCAGGGACAGUACGCCAUCCCCCACCCGGAUCAGCUGACCAAGCUCCACCAGUUGGCCAUGCAGCAAACCCCCUUUCCUCCCCUCGGACAGACCAACCCCGCUUUCCCCGGAGAAAAGCUGCCUUUACACUCCUCCGAAGAAGCUCAAAAUCUGAUGGGCCAGUCGUCAGGUCUGGACGCCAGUCCCCCGGCCAGCACUCACGAGCUCACCAUUCCCAAUGAUCUAAUAGGCUGCAUAAUUGGACGCCAAGGGACCAAAAUCAAUGAAAUUCGACAGAUGUCUGGAGCUCAGAUCAAAAUCGCUAAUGCCACUGAAGGGUCAUCGGAGCGUCAGAUCACCAUCACGGGAACCCCGGCCAACAUCAGCCUUGCCCAGUAUCUCAUCAAUGCCAGGCUGACGUCCGAGGUCACCGGGAUGGGCGCGCUCUAAUCCUACCCAGGCCACUCUGUGCACCUGACCGCUGGAGCCCACGGCCUCACCGGCUGGCGCACUCUGUACAAACCGCCUGCCCUUCCUCGCAGAUACAAGUAGUUUUCUUACGUACCGACGGUCCAUGCAGUAGACACCAGCCCCAGCCGUCUGCGCUCAGGCUCGGCCGCCCGCCCCCUUUGGUAGUUGGAGCCCGUCUCCAUGCAUCGGCAUGCACUGCUAAGUAUUGUAACGCUUCGGGGAACUCCCAUCCGUGACAUGGUAGAGAAUUGUCCUCAGUGUCCGUGUGACUGUCUAGGAUUUGGUCUGACGCUUUGGCACACUUCCUGUGACCUGCCGUCCCUGUGCUCACGGUCCCUGCUCUCUCCCCUGUGCCCAGUCUCCCCUCAGAGCCCACGCGGCCUUGGCUCACAUUCCCAUCCAGUCAUGUGCUGGGAUCUGGGCUGCCUUUCCUGCAGCCUGUGGGAAACGCCCAGGAGAGGAGAGGUCUGGGGGACGUCUAAGGAAAGGGGCGGAGUGGCAGAGGGUGCGGGGCCCAGCUCCACAGGGAUGUCCCCUGGGGGAGGCACUUGUGGGCCCCAGGCAUCUUCCGGGGUGACUGGAGAGUGCAGCCUCUCCAGAAAGCCCCUCUGCACUG